ACCACAACGCUCAUCAUGACCUCGCCAUCUGCUAAAUACACCCACAAACUGGCCGGCCAACGGGUCCUGAUCUUCGGAGGCACCUCCGGGAUCGGAUUCUGCGUUGCGGAAGCGGCCCUCGAGCACGGAGCCGAUCUGGUGAUCUCCAGUUCCAACCAAACCAAGCUCGACAAGACCGUCGCUCGAUUGAAAGAAACCUACCCCACUGAAACCGCAAAGCAGACGAUCAUCACCCAUGUCUGCGACCUCUCCGAUGUCGCCCACCUCGACGCCCACUUCGAAGCCCUAUUCCAGGCCGCGACCAGCGGCGGAACCAAGAAGCUAAACCACGUCGUCACGACGGCCGGGGAUGCCUUGCAACUCCCGCCCCUGUCCGACGUCACAGCUGCUCAGUUCUACGCGGCGGCAAAUGUACGCUGCGUGGCAUUUGCUGUCAUGGCCAAACAUCUCGACAAGUACCUGGAGAAAUUCCCAUCUAGCUCCUUCACCCUGACUAGUGGGUUGCGCGGCAGGAAGCCCGCGCCAGGCUGGAGUCUUAUGACAUCUGUGUGUGGUGCUGUGGAGGGCCUUGCUCGUGGAUUGGCUGUCGAUCUCAAGCCGAUUCGGGUCAAUGUGGUUUCUCCUGGUGCAGUAUAUACGGAGAUGUUUGAGCACUUCCCAAAGGAUCAACUUGAAGGUGUGCUGCAGAUGUUUAAGGAGCAGUCCACGACUGGUACGGUGGCUAGACCGGAGGAUCUGGCGGAGAGUUAUAUCUACUUGAUGAAGGAUCAGUUUGUUACGGGUAGUAUUAUCGAGUCUAAUGGGGGUGCUUUGCUCGUUUGAUUUAUUUUUGAUUGACACAACCCGAUUUUUAUGCCAUUAACUAAGCUCGUUGCCCGAUAUGAAAUAUGGUGCUUAUGAGUCAAGCGAAAUGUCAAAUUCCUGCAACAUGAUAUGAAAUGGCCAAAAUCCCUUCCUCGACCUACUGAAGAAUAGUGCGAAAUCAGGAAUAAAGCCCCCUUGCUUAAGCAAUUCCCAUCCAAAUAUCGCUGGCCAAGUCCAGAA